AUGUUCGAUACAAAUUUGAGCAAGAAUCAAAUUUGUCAACAUAGUUUAACUAUGCUUCAUAGCCAGUCCCAUUGUUGCGAAAGAUGUGAGCGAACUCAACGAUUUGUGAAGUUGUUGAACCAGUUAACAAUAGCAUCCAAUGCAGAGGAUUAUGAACAACAAAUUUCAGAUACCAUAACACUGUUCUCCAUGAAUCAAGAAUUAAUGACACCUCUGCAAAUAAUCCCAGCAAUAGAAUUUGAUAAUAAACGGCAGACUAUAGAUCUUGUUGCCCAGGAAUACCUUAAACAAGCUAGCAAAACUGUUCAGCAUCUGGUUCCUUUAAAGACUCUUGCUGACGGGAAUUGCUUAUUCCAUUCGAUUGUAUCUCUUAUGACAGAUAGUAAUAUAUCUGAUGUUGAGUUAAGGGUUCGUACGAUAAUUGAGUUAGUGAAGAAUAAGAUUCAUUAUAGCAAUCAAUAUAGCCAUCAUAUCGGUCCCUUGAACGAAGCACUACGAAGAACAUGUCAUAAUAAUAUGUUUUGUGAGUUGUAUGAACUUGCUGCUUUAGCUAAUGUCUUACACUGUGAAGUACAAAGUGUAUAUCCUUAUAUUGACUACCGAGCCGAGAUGAGAAUCAUGAAUGCAGUUUAUAAACCAACAGAUACAUCAGUGCCAUUUACUGGAAGGAUAGUCAUCUUUUGGUCCAGUACCGAAGAUGAGAUCUCGACAAGAGCACGCCAUGGUAAUUGCGGUAUUUGGAGUCCAAACCAUUUUGUUCCACUCGUACAUCAACAUAGCGGAGUAACAAUACCAAGCAACGAACGAGUCAGCAUGAUACCAAAGAGUCCACAAAAAUCGACGGUUAAAAAUAAUCGAGCAACGUUGAUACGGAGCCCGGAGUUCUCACCUCCUAAAAAUUCCAGAAAGCAUAGAAGUUCAGUCGAAAUAAGCGGUGAAACCACGCUCAUGUCAGGCUUACACUCGAAUAACGGCCAAAAUAUUGAUCAAUCAUAUCUAUCCUGUAGUACUGAUUAUAUGGUAAAUCGAAGGGCUUCAGAAUCAGAGAGCGAAAAUCAGCGAAACAUACGCCUCGCUUACCAGCGAAAACGAUCUGUAUCAAAUAGAUCUAGCGAACGUGAAGAACAACGAAAUGCACGUCUAGCUAAGCAGAGAGAACGAUCUGUAUCAAAUAAAUCAAGUGAAAACGACGACCAAAAAAACACACGUCUAGUUAAUCAGCGGAAGCGAUCAGCAGCUAAUAGAUUAAUCAAAAAUGGACAAAAAAGAGUUUCAUGUCUACCAUUUAAACAACAGAAUUCAGAAGUAGUACCGUUUGUAAGAGAAAAAGAACGAACGGAAGAACGAAAGCAAGGUAUAAAUAGAGAGCAUCGGCAACAAAUAUUAGACGAGAAUCGCCAAGUUUUGAUUGAUCAAUACAAAUGGCCUGCGGCCAUUCCUACGCACCUAAAGGAAUAUUGUUUGGAAGAUUUUUGUAACAAUAUAUCAAUGUCAGUUUUACGACAAUGUAUUUGCAUGAUCUGCAAUGUUCGGGCAUCUGCCAGUACAAUGAAAGAAUAUGAUUUUGAAAAUAUUCCAAACUUAGAAAGACUCUCUUGCCAUGCCGAUUUGAUAGAUAUUCUUAUUCGGACUCCGCAAUCUACACCAAACAUAGGUUCCGUCUUUUGUUCUUCUUCGAACGGAGUCUUCUAUAAGAAAGGCUACAAUGUGUCAUCAAAAACUGGCAACAUCUGUCAAGAAUGCUAUAGUGCGCUGAUGAAAGACAAAAUACCGAUGUUUUCCGUUGCUAACAAGAUGUGGAUUGGCGAUGUGCCAUCGGUAUUGCAGCAAUUGACAAUUGCUGAGGAGAUCCUCAUCUCUUUAUAUCGACACAGUAGCUGUGUGAUUAAACUGCAAUCUCCGUUCCGUCACCAUUCUACUGCACAGUCUGCACUCAGGGGUAAUGUGAUCACAUUCAUGCAUGACAUGCCAAACAUUGUCACAAGUCUACCAUUGAACGUUGAUGAUCUUUGUGAUACUUUAAAAAUUAUCUUUGUUGGAGCGCAUGUUCCUAGUCGCAUAGAAUUGCGUAAAGUUUGCGGUGUGAAUAGACAGAGGAUUCGUGAAGCCCUUUUGUGGUUAAAAAAGCAUAAUCACAUGUAUCGAAUGAUUCCUAUUAACGAAGUAAAUAUUGUUAAGUUGCCUGAGGAUGAUGUCCCAGAAAGUAUCUGGACAACUAUAGAGAAGAUAGAGAACACGAUCGACGCCAAUGCUGAUCGAGCAGAAUUUACUAACGAUCCACUUGGAGAUGCUAUUAUACAGGGUGAAUCAAAUGAAACGAAUGCUUAUCCAAUGAAUGCUAGCGCUGUACUCGAUGUCAAUGGAACAACUGUCACAUCAAGAGAUAUUGGCGUGCAUCUACUGCAUAAAGUUAAAAAUACUUUCCCUAGUUCACUUAACGAUUCACACGAUACAGCGACAAAUAGUGUCGAGAAUGAAGAUGUUUAUAUAAUUCCUAGAUCUCAUAUGCCUGUUAGAGACUGCUAUAAUUCGGAAUUAUUUCUUGGUUUAUUUCCUACUCUUUUCCCCUAUGGGUACGGUGCACCGUACGAUUCAUUGAGGCCAACUACAGUAUCGCUAAAUCAGCACAUUCGUUAUCUUCUUGCAUACGAAGAUCAACGUUUUGAGAAGCAUCAUUCAUUCAUGUUUGUCUUGUUCAAUGUAUUGCAACGACGGCAAGCAUGUUGGAAUGCCUCACUUAUGGCUUCACGGCCGUAUUUUCGAGACGCUGCUACUGAUCUUCAGACAUUGACAGCUAAAGAAAUUGAAUCAGCAUUACUUGCUGCAACAAAACAUACAUUCUCCUCAAUCACAAACCCACGGGUUAAUAUGCUUAUGACGCAAAUUAGGGCAGUCGGUGGACAUGUUAUGGGCUCAGCUUACUCGCGAACUGCACUUCGUAAUCAAAUUCAUGGUCUCAUAUUCAACCAGGGCCUACCUAGCAUCUUCAUGACCAUUAAUCCGGCUGAUAUUCAUAGUCGAAUCGCUCUCUAUUUUGCUGGCAUCGAUCUAGAUCUUGAUAGAAUCUUACCUGAAACAAUUCCAUCUACUUAUGAGCGUGCUCAAAUUAUUGCGGCACAUCCUAUUGCUGCUGCUCGUUCUUUUAAUGUCCUCAUUUCAGCUAUUCUGAAGUGCAUGGUGGAAAAGGGGGCGCUUGGUCCUAUCAAAGCAUAUUUUGGUACAGUUGAAAACCAAGGCCGAGGAUCAUUACAUUUACACAUUCUAAUGUGGUUAGACCACGAUUUAACGCCAUCGCAGUUAAAAGAGUCAGUUCGAAAUGAUGAAUUUCGCAACGGUCUUCUUAGCUAUUUGGAAGAUAUUAUCAAGCAAGAUCUUAGCAGCUUUGUUGUUGACAGCUCUGAAACUGAUAAAUUUGACGAUCAAGAAUCUACGCCUUCAGACCAUGAUUGUCAUACUAUUUCCGUGUCAAAUGAAGUCCUUAUAGAUGCAGCCAAUGAGAGUUCCAAGUGUCCCAGAAGUACUGCAGUGAAGUUAGUACCAUCAGUAAUGCCAACUCCCAAGCCAUCGGCGUCAAACUUUGUGUCGUAUUUUAAAAAAGAUAUCAUACAGCUAGUGAAUAGUAUAAAUAUUCAUGUUCAUACAGCCACUUGUUAUAAAUAUUCGAAAAGAGAUGCUAAUCAGACUUGUCGUAUGAGAAUGCCUAGACGACUCCAGGACACAUCAACCAUUGACAUUGAAUCUGGUGAAAUUAAAUUAAAACGAUUGCACGAAACGAUUAAUAAUUUCAAUGAAUAUAUCAUCAGCGCUUGCCGAUCGAAUAUGGACAUAAAAUACAUAUUUAGUGGGAGCGAUGCCAAAGCGCUCGUGUAUUAUAUUACGGAUUACGUGACAAAGUCCAAUCUUUCGUUUCAUGACACAUUUUCCCUCGUACUCAAAGCUGUUCAAUCUUUUGAAAAGCAAAAGCACAAUAUUGACACAGGUCUAAGCGUCGAAGAGAAAUCACGCAGACUUGUUUUGCGUUGUUAUAAUACUCUUGCUUCGCAACAAGAAUUAUCAGGUGCACAAGUAGCUUCUUAUCUCAUGGGCUGGCCUGAUCACUAUACGACGCAUGAGUUUAUCAAUUUGUUCUUGAUAGGUAUUGAGAAUUAUUUGCAGGCAGCAUUGAUGGAAGCGCGAUCUAAACAACAACGUCAGAUGGAAAGUAAGCUUUCAUCUAUUUUACAUACUUACUCCAAUACUCAUGACUCUACGUAUCGUCGUUUGAAACGGUCAUAUUAUAUGAUACUUUUCGAUAUUAUUCUUUUCGUUCAUGUAACGAUAUGGUUUUGUUUGAUAGAUAUGAUGGACACCGAAACUGAAGAGAACUGUUUAGAGACAGAAGAGCAAUUUCUGCUUCAGGUCGAUGAGACAAAAACAAAAUACGUAUAUGUGAAUACUCGAGUAGAUUAUCAAUAUCGCUCUUCGUCACUUGAUAAUAUCUGUUUGUACGAUUACAUCCGUCUUUAUCGUAAAAAACUUAUGGACACGAGAGAUCGAAAACAACUAGAAGCUCAAUCAAUGGCAGAAAAUAACGAAAUGAAAGCCCUACGCCGUGGACGUCCCGUUUCGGAAAGGGAAGCUUUCCGAGAUGGACAUCCACAGGCUUCAUCUCAUAUUAAUAUUAAACGUACAAUACCAGUGGUACCUGUUUUACUUGGACCACCAAUACCUCGUAGAGAUCGCGAAGAUACAAAGGAACGAUACUGUCGAUCGAUUCUCACACUAUUUCUUCCUUGGCGCUCAGUCCAAGAUGUAUGUGAUGUGGAUCAAUCGUGGGAGCAAGCAUUUGAGAUCCGAAAUGAGAGAAUCACACUUGAAUCACGCAGAACUAUUGAGAACAUCCAGUUGCUACAAGAGUGUAAAAACGAUCGAGAUGAGCACUUACAGCAAGUGAUUGAAGCUGCACAAACCGAAAUAGUGAAUGAUCCCACAUAUCCUAGUCGGAACGAUAGUAGCAGCGAUGAUGAAAAUACAGAAAUACUCGAUAUGUUGGAAAAUGUGGAUAUAUCGGAAAUUCCAACUUUGAAAGAGCCAGGAGGAAAAGCAGAACAGAUAUAUUUUGAAAAAGUAGUACGUGCUGUUGAUCAAGCCAAUCGAUUUGCUAAUAUUCAACGUACAGGCUUGACUAGACCGUUACCAUACACCACUAAACAAAGCAAGCAGAUCAGUGUUGAUCAGAGAUAUCUCAUACCAGCUACUACUGAACUUAUUCAAUUGAAUAAUAAAUGGCAACGCCAAAUCAAAGACGAAAAGGAACGCAAACGAAAUGCUUGUAUGACAGCAAGUAUUGAAAACGCUUUCAGCGAUCAGAAUGAUACUGAGGAAAAUCAAGCGUUUGCAGUUGUCGAUGCUGACAUGUUAGCAAAUUCCGAUAGCCAUGAUGAACUUUUAGACACUAUGUGCACUUUGCCAGUGACGAAAACUACUAUACCUAGUGAGACUAGUCGAAAUGAUAUUGCACAACAGUUCACACUUAAUAAGAACCAAAAAGCUGCGUUCAUGAUCAUUACGGGUCACUUAGACGGAAUGAAUAAGAAAAAUGAAGCUGAUAAGCAGGACCAAUUGAUUAUGUGUGUACCUGGGUGUGGUGGCACUGGGAAGUCUCAGCUAAUACGUGCAAUAACUGCAUAUUUCACGGAGACUAAUCGUAUAUAUAAACUUCGAAAACUUGCGCCAACCUCGAUUGCUGCCGCCGAAAUAGAAGAUCACUUUGAAAUAUUCGGUACGAAUAUGAGUAAGAAUCAAAUUUGUCAACAUAGUUGGAGGAACAUGCUUCAAAACCAGCCCAGUUGUGGCGAAAGGUGUGAGCGAUCUCGACAAUUUUUGAAAUUGUUAAAUCAGUUAACGAUAGCAUCCAAUGCAGAGGAUUAUGAGCAACAAAUUUCAGAUACCGUAGCUACGUUCUCCAUGGAUCACGAGCUGAUGGCACCUCUGCACAUAGUUCCAGCAAUAGAAUUUGAUAAUAAAAGGCAGGUUAUAGAUCUUGUUGCCCAGGAGUAUCUCAAACAAGCAAGCAAAACUGUUCAACAUCUUGUUCCUGUCAUAACCGUUGCUGAUGGAAAUUGUUUGUUUCAUUCGAUUGCAUCACUUAUGACAAAUAGUAAUAUCUCUGAUAUAGAGUUGAGAGUUCGUACGAUAAUUGAGCUAGUGAAGAACAAAACUCACUAUAUCAAUCAAUACAGCAAUCAUAUUGGCCCAUUGAGCGAAGCACUACGAAGAAUAUGUAAUAAUAAUAUGUUUUGUGAGUUGUAUGAACUAGUCGCAUUGGCUAAUAUAUUGCAAUGUGAUAUACAAAGUGUAUAUCCAUACAUUGACUAUCGAGCUGAGAUGAGAAUCAUGAAUGCAGUUUAUAAACCAACAGAUACAUCAGUACCAUCUAAUGGAAGGAUAGUCAUCUUUUGGUCUAGUACCGAAGAUGAGAUCACAACAAGAGCGCGUCCUGGAAAUUGUGGCAUUUGGAAUCCAAACCAUUUCGUUCCACUUGUUCAUCAGCCUAGAAGUGUAAGAAUGCCAAAGAAUGAGCAAGCAGUAUUCGAAGGAAAUCAACAAGUUCUAGUUGAUAACUACAAAUGGCCAGCGGCCAUUCCAAAACAUUUAAAAAAAUAUUGUUUGGAAGAUUUUUGCAAGACGACCUCUAUGUCAGUUUUACGACAAGCUACCUGUAUUGUGUGUAAUAUUCGAUCAUCUGCUAGUACAAUGAAGCAAUAUAAUGUUAAAGAUAUUCCAAAUCUAGAAAAGCUUUCAUCUCAUCCAGAUUUAGUAGAUAUUACAGAUAAAAUAAUCGCACAAAGUGAAGACUUUAAUUAUGAUCUGUCGUGUUCAAUCUAUUCUCCUUCAUUAAGUACAGUGCUUUACAGAAAGGGAUAUAGUAAAUUAACAAAAUCUGGAAACGUUUGUCCAGAAUGCCACAAUGCACUAAUUAAAAACAAAGUACCUAUGUUCUCUGUAGCGAAUAAGAUGUGGUUUGGUGAUGUUCCACUAGUACUUCAGCAUCUAACGAUUGCAGAGGAAAAGCUGUGA